AUGACAUUGUCUCCGACUUCUGGAUAUAUUCAAUCUGAGAGGAAACUCUUUGGUCCAGCAAUGAAUGACCCCAAGUUCGGCCACUAUGGCCACGAAGCCCCCACAUCUGCCGACUCGUCCCCUAUUACAUCGCCCGGUGCUGCGAGAACGACCCUCCACCGUCGUUUUACCAGUGAAACCAUACGUCCGACAUACCCUCAAGCUCCUAUGGUCCCUCAAACUUUGGGGCCUCCAACUUUGGUGCCGGCUUCUAUUCUACCUCCAACGCUUGGAAACCCGAUUCCUUAUAAUGUGCCAACCGACGUAAGAUCCAUUUCGAAUGACGAAAAGCACCGUCAACUCCAAAAUGAACAGCGGGACCUCGCACAUCAAAUCCAAAAGCUACAGCUUCUCUCACAGCAGAAUGAGCUAGCUUUGAGAGGCCUGAGUAUUCAAGAUUCCACAGGAUCUGUGUUCCAGGGUGCUCGAAACUUUGGAGAGCCUACAACCCCUCCAGAACAUGACUAUAUGUAUGGAAGUGGGUAUGGGAAUAAAGCCAACGGUGGAUCCUUCAAAUCGGGCGAUGGGAAAACUGGAGCGAACUAUCAACUGAUGACUCCUCCUGCUGAUGAUAUUAUCCCGUCUAUGUCCUCAUCUCGUAAUGUAUCCGAUCAGAGGCGAGACACGGAAGAUGGGAAGCGAUCAUCUCAUUGGGGUGGCUCUGCUAAACAAAGGGGUGUCCUGCCGUUCCUUGAUAGUUCUCCUAUCUUAGGAGUAUCCGACCGAAAGGGUUUCUCGAACCUAGGAGCUCUAAACCAAGGGAGCUUUGGUUUCGAGUCAACUCCUGGGCCUUUGCCAUCUCGUGAUGCUUUGGCAUCAUCCCCAUCGGAUUCUACCCAAGUUUUCCAAAUGAACACGGCUACGGAUGACUUCCCUGUCCUUCUUCGUCGUGAUGACUUGGCUUCUAAGCGAACCGUUUCCUCCUCAAAGGCUAUGGAGGCCAUUCAUGGCUCCGGAAUCAAGACUUCAGAAGAUAGCCAGGGCUGGCCAAGUUUCCCUCGCCAUAGACCAGGACAACAAAGCCUCCCAGCCAAUACUCUACCUUUCAAUCCUUCCAGCACUUUCUCUUCAAAGUAUCAGGUUGGUCCAGCCGAGUCUGUCGGGACUUAUCAUCAAGAUGAUUUGUUUCUUGCCCAAAAGAAGGCGGUUGCCACUUUGGAAGAUGAAGGCUUUGGGAACUUGUCCUCCUUAGCGGCAUCGACCCACGGAUUGAAUAGCAUGGCGCCAAAACUUCAAUCUUCGCUUUCGACUUCCGAUAUUCCAACCGUUCGAACCUUUAACUUCAACGCUGCUUCACCAAACGCUGGGAAACCCGUCCUUGGCGGGGCAGGACGCCGUGACUCGGCGACUGACUUCGGCGUUACGGGAACUCCAUUUGGGCCUCCAUUGUACAAUGUUGGCCAUUCUCAUUCGCCAAUAUCUCCCGUUGGGAUGUCGCCUCUCCCAUCCCCUAGGUUUCCUACCUACAACCAAAUGAGCAUCGCCAACAAAAUCUAUGCUGUCCCGACCAACCAGUUCCAUGGUCUAGGACAAGUAAGUGCACCGGCGAAGACGACUGACUUUUUUCAUCCCACCUCUCCUGGCCGAGGACACUCGCGUCGUGGGUUUGAAUCUGACGGAAAUCGCUUCUCAAACCUCGACAUUGAGGCUUUGGGCAACGAGAUUUAUCUUCUGUGCAAGGACCAGCACGGGUGCCGUUUCCUACAGCGAAAGCUGGAAGAGCAAAAUCCCAAGGAUAUCGAAAUAAUAUUCCGGGAGACGCAGGCAUUCAUCGUUGAACUCAUGACAGAUCCCUUUGGUAAUUAUCUUUGCCAAAAACUCCUUGAGCAUACCAACAAUGAACAGCGAUCGAAGCUCGUAAAUAAUGCCGCGCCGCACCUCGUUGAAAUUGCUCUCAAUCAGCAUGGUACCCGAGCCUUGCAGAAGAUGAUCGAAUUUCUUUCGACUCCUGAUCAAAUUCAAACAGUCAUCAAUGCGCUCCGAGGCAAAGUAGUAGAGCUCAUCCAGGACUUGAAUGGUAACCACGUCAUUCAGAAGUGCCUGAACCGCCUAAAGCCAGAAGAUGCCCAGUUUAUCUUCGAUGCUGUUGGCAAAAAUAGUGUCACCGUUGGAACCCAUCGCCAUGGCUGCUGUGUGCUCCAGAGAUGCAUUGACCAUGCUUCGACCCCCCAGCGUGCUCAGUUAAUCGCCCAUAUCACAGAAAAUGCUUUUGCUUUAGUUCGAGAUCCCUUCGGGAACUACGUUGUUCAAUAUAUCUUGGACCUUGGAGAGCCUGAGCUUGCGGAGCCUAUGAUUCAUAAGUUUUUGGGCCGCAUCAUUGAACUCUCUAUGCAAAAGUUCAGUUCUAAUGUCAUCGAAAAGGUUUGUCCCUUCCAAAUUCAACGGCCGAUUCCUUCAGGUCUAACUUUGGCACAGUGUAUUCGUGUCUCUUCAAAGGAGACUAGAGCUUUGAUGGUGAAAGAAAUAGUCAAUCCUCCAGAACUCGAAAAGUUGAUCCGAGAUUCAUAUGCCAACUAUGUUAUCCAAACUGCUUUGGACUACGCAGAAGCGGACAGCAGGACGAUGCUAGUGGAUAACCUUCGACCCAUUAUGCCAUCUAUCCGCAUGACGCCAUACGGCCGCCGAAUUCAAUCGAAAAUUCAGGCUCUCUCGGGUAUGUCACCUGACGGGCUUGGUGCCGUUUUCGAGACAAGUUAUCGUUUGGGACCCAUUCCACCCCUCCAAACGCAACCACGCAUGCCAUCCGCCACCUAUGGGCACUACACCCCCCAGGUUUCCCGCUCCCACAACAUCCCAAAUCAAAGCGGUUUCCCGAUCGCCUACCAACCUGAUAUGGUUUCUAACAAUUUCAUUCUCUAA